AAUGUUUAUUAUACUGGACGUUUUAAGUAUGGAGACAGCCUCUGAACUUGUGAAACUAUAUCAUUCAUCAUAAUGAUUGCAGUUAGGGUCCAGUUCAGAUGCGGUACUUCAGCUGAGCAGAAUCAAAUUCAACGAAUUAAGUUCAUGUGAAGUAUGAUGAGACGGUUAUCACUUAUCUUCUUCUGGCUGCAAAAUAGGCUAAGAUGGUUUGCAUUCUUCUUCUUCUUUUUACACUGUUUUCCAGCAUUUUGAGUAGAAGAAAGUCUCUUGCUUGCAGAUUGCUUCUGAAAUCCAUGGUGUCUGCCAUGUUUUUAAUUGUUUGCUAAACCAAUGACAGAAUAUUAACUGUCUUUGAUUAAUUAAUUUUGGCCAAAUAAAGUUGAGCAUCUGAACUAGUUCAGCAUUUGACUCAAUUCAGCCAGGAUUACCUAACUUAGGUCAGCCUAUUGAGGAAUUUGAUUUGGUGCAGCUGAAGUACAGUGUCUGAACUAGGCUUAACAUGGUUUGUUUGGUUGUUCAUUAAUUCUUAAGCCUUAGCUCCAAUAUCAGACAUUUUUAGUCAACAUUUUGUUUGUUGCACUCCACUUGGUGUGGCUGAACUAUCACUUAAAGACAAGACUGAGAGGUAGCUUCAUGCACAGUUUGACUGCUUGUCACUGCUGGGAUCGUGUCACUCAAGCAGUAUGGAGAAAGUAUCCUAAUGAUCUCAAUCCUAAUGUGAAAACUAUGGAUGUUCUGGAGAGACAUGUUGAUGAACAAGGACAAUUACACACUACUAGACUUGUAGGCACUGAGGGAUUUUUACCUUCAUGGGUUUGUAACAUGAUUGGAGUUGAUAACCUCUGUUAUGCCUAUGAACACUCUGUUGUUGAUCCAGUUAAAAAGACAAUGACAAUGACUAGUAGGAAUGUAACACUGUCAGGCUGGGCGGAUGUAGAUGAGACAGUAACUUAUACUCAAGACCAAGAAGUUAACAAGUGAGUCAAAGAGGAAUGUA